UCAAAGGAAAUCCACAAAUUUUAUAGCCAUGGAUAGUGUGUAACACGUAGGCAAAGCCGUCAGGUACAGUUAGUUUUUUAAAAUAACAGUACCAAAGGUUGAUACACCAAAUUGCUUUAACAAUAGUAUGUUUUUGAACGAUUUACAUAAUGUCAAUCUGACAGCUGCCUGACAUUGAGAAGGUCAUCUGGAGGAUACAAUUGUCAUAAUAAAUCUUGCUUCAUUGGCCGUACGGAGGAGGGAACUACAAUUUAUAAUAUUUUUCAAUGUAACUGAUAAUAGUCAUAGGCGAUAACUAUCCUGAGAAUAUCGUCUACAUCGAACAAAUAUUUUCAGCAUAAACUACUAUUAAAUGUGCUUCAACUUUAAGUUUGAAAGUUUAUAAAGGGCAGAUGGCGGUGGAGAGCGAGGCGGAAGGCGCGGGCGAGGCGCCGCGCGACGUGCGCGUGCUCACGCUCAACCACGGCGAGCACCUCGACUCCACGCUGUUCAGAUUCGAGAGGGGCUGCCGUUUGCAGUUCAGCCCCGGCACCAGCCUGCUGGGGCGCAAGGUGUUCCUGUACACCAACUACGUGCCGGACGGCGCCGAGGGCGAGGCGGAGUUCGUGCGCAACCAGUACUACGCGCUGGAGUGGCGGUGCGGCGGCGCCGCCGCGGGCGCCGGCCUGCUGGUGGCCGACGACGAGGCGCACUGCGAACUGCGCCUGGCGCGCGCGGGCUCGUUCCACUACUACUUCGUGUACGACAGCGCCGAGUCGCGCGUGGGCCCGCAGGGCUCGGGCUGGUUCCACGUGGCGCCGGCGCUGGGCGUGCCGCUGGACGGCGUCAUGUGCCAGACGGUGCUGGCCAAGUGCCUGGGCCCGCUGGCGCGCUGGCCGGGCGUGCUCCGCGUGGCCCGCGAGGCGGGCUACAACGCGUUGCACUUCACGCCCGUGCAGGCGCGCGGCGCGUCCGACUCGGCCUACAGCAUCGCCGACCAGCUGCGCGUCGACCCGCGCUUCGGCGCCGCCGGCGCGCCGCCGCCGGGCUUCGACGACGUGCGCGCCGCGCUGGACGCGGUGCGCGCCGACUGGCAGGUGCUGUGCAUCAGCGACGUGGUGCUCAACCACACGGCCAACGAGACGCCGUGGCUGGCCGAGCACCCCGAGGCCACGUACAACUGCCACAACUGCCCGCACCUGCGGCCCGCCGCGCUGCUGGACGCGCUGCUGGCGCGGCUCGGCGCCGACGUGGCGCGCGGCGCGCUGGAGCCCGGCGUGCCGCGCCGCGUGUGCGCGCACGACCACGUGCAGGCGCUGCGCGGGGAGCUGGCGGCGCGCGUGGCGGCGGCGCGCCUGCACGAGCUGUGGGCGUGCGACGCGGCGGCCGUGGAGCGCCGCUUCCGCGCGCUGGCCGCCGCGCGCCCGCCGCCGCCCGCGCGCGCGCCGGCCGCCGCGCCGCUGCGCCUGCUGGCCGACGCGCAGCGCCGCCGCGGCGCCGCCGGCGUGGACCUGGAGCUGGCGCUGCAGCUCUACAACGUGCACAGGCCCGAGUGCGCCGACGAGGAGGCGCGUCUGGACAGCGCCUGCGCCGAGCUGCGGCGGUGCCUCGAGCGGCUGAACGCGGAGGUCGAGGCGGAGGUGCGCGCGCACCUGGCGGCCGCCGUGGACAACUGCGUGGCCGGCAUGCGCUACGAGCGCCUGCAGGCCGACGGGCCGCGCGUGGCCGAGGUGAGCGCGGCGCACCCGCUCGUGCCGCGCUACUUCGCGUGGCCGCCCGUCGACAGCGCGGCCGAGGCGGAGGCGCUGGUGUACGGGCCGCGCGGCCGCCUGGUGCAGGCGCACAACGGCUGGGUCAUGGACGCCGACCCGCUGCAGGACUUCGCGGCGCCCGAGCGCGACGGCCGCGUGUACCUGCGGCGCGAGCUGGUGGCGUGGGGCGACAGCGUCAAGCUGCGCUACGGCGCGCGGCCCGAGGACUGCGCCUUCCUGUGGGCGCACAUGCGGCGCUACGUGGAGCUCACGGCCGAGCUGUUCGACGGCGUGCGCCUCGACAACUGCCACUCCACGCCGCUGCACGUGGCGGAGUACAUGCUGGACUGCGCGCGCCGCGUGCGGCCCGAGCUGUACGUGCUGGCCGAGCUGUUCACCAACUCCGACCAGGUGGACAACGUGUUCGUCAACCGCCUGGGCAUCUCGUCGCUCGUCCGCGAGGCGCAGGCGGCGUGGGACGCGCGCGAGCUGGGCCGCCUGCUGCACCGCUUCGGCGGCCGGCCCGUGGGCGCCUUCGCGCCGCGCCGCGCCGCCGCGCCCGCCGUGGCGCACGCGCUGCUGCUGGACCUCACGCACGACAACCCGUCGCCGCUGCGGCGCCGCUGCGUGUUCGACCUGCUGCCCACGGCCGCGCUCGUGGCCGCCGCCAGCUGCGCCUCGGGCAGCACGCGCGGCUACGACGAGCUGGUGCCGCACGCCGUGCACGUGGUGGACGAGGCGCGCCUGUACGCCGAGUGGGGCGAGGCCGAGGCGCCGGGCCGCGUGGGCGCGCGCGCGGGGCUGCUGGCCGCGCGGCGCGCGCUCAACGAGCUGCACGCCGAGCUGGCGGGCGCGGGCUACAGCGAGGUGUACGUGGACCAGGUGGAUGACGACGUCAUCGCCGUCACCAGGCACGACCCCGUCUCCAGAAAGUCCGUCAUACUGGUGGCGGUGACGGCCUUCUCCGCGCCCGAGCCCGCGUGCGCCGGCCGCGCCGCGCCGCCGCUGCGCUUCGAGGGCCGGCUGGACGAGAUCGUGCUGGAGGCCGUGCUGCGCCACCGCGACCACGAGAGCACGGGGCGCGCCUUCGAGCCGCCGGGCGCCUUCGCGCGCCACCCGCAGUUCAUCACCGGCCUGAGCGAGUACCGCGCCGAGCUGCGCCGCGCCGUGCCGCUGGAAGAGUCGCGCGUGUUCGCGGGCGCGCGGCGCGACGGCGCGCUCACCGAGCUGGCCUUCCGCGCGCUGCUGCCGGGCACGGUGGCGGCGCUGCGCGUGGCGCCGGGCGCGGGCGCGGCGCGCGCGCUGGAGCGGCUGCGGCGCCUGGCCGCGCCCGGCGCGCUGGCGCUGGCGCCCGCGCUGGCGCCGCUGGACCUGCCCGACUUCCACACGCUGCUGUACUGCUGCGACGCCGAGGAGCGCGAGCGCGGCGGCGGCGCGGUGUACGACGUGCCGGGCCACGGGCCGCUGGCGUACGCGGGGCUGCAGGGCGUCGCGGCGCUGCUGCAGGACGUGGCGGCGCGCGACGAGCUGGGCCACGCGCUGUGCGCCAACCUGCGCGCGGGCGACUGGCUGGCGCGCUACACGUGGCGCCGCCUGGAGGCCGAGCCGCGCCUGGCGCCCGUGGCCGCGCGCUACCGCGCCGCGCUCGAGCCGCUGGAGGACCUGCCGCGGUUCCUGGUGCCCACGUACUUCGAGGCCGUGCUGAGCGCGCUGUUCGACGCCGUGAGCGGCGCGGCGCUGGCGCGGCUGGGCGGCGCGGCGCGCGGCGGCCCGGCGGCGCGCGCGCUGGCGCUCACCAGCGUGCAGCUGACGGGCCGCGUGCCGUCGGCGCGCCUGCCGCCGCCCGCGCCCGGCGCCGCGCCCUCGCUGUCGGCCGGCCUGCCGCACUUCGCCGUCGGCCACAUGCGCUGCUGGGGCCGCGACACCUUCAUCGCGCUGCGCGGCCUGUUCCUGCUCACCGGCCGCUACGACGACGCGCGCCACCACAUCCUGGCCUACGGCGCCUGCCUGCGCCACGGCCUCAUCCCCAACCUGCUGGACGGCGGGCGCCACGCGCGCUACAACUGCCGCGACGCCGUGUGGUGGUGGCUGCGCGCCAUCCGGCAGUACUGCGCCGAGGCGCCGCGGGGCCCGGCGCUGCUGGCGGCCGCCGUGCCGCGCCUGUGGCCGCGCGACGACGCCGCGCCCGCGCCGCCCGGCAGCGCCGACCAGCCGCUGCACGACGUCAUGCAGGAGGCGCUCGACGUGCACUUCCAGGGGCUCGUGUUCCGCGAGCGCGGCGCCGGCCGCCAGAUCGACGCGCACAUGGCCGACCGGGGCUUCGACGUGCAGAUCGGCGUGGACCCCGACACCGGCUUCCCCUUCGGCGGGAACGACGCCAACUGCGGCACGUGGAUGGACAAGAUGGGCUCGAGCGACCGCGCGGGGACGCGCGGCCGGCCCGCCACGCCGCGCGACGGCAGCGCCGUGGAGCUCGUCGCGCUGUGCUACGACACCGUGACGUGGCUGGCGGCGCAGCACCGCGCGGGCCGCUACCCCUACCCCGGCGUGGCGCGGCGCCACCGCGACGGCGCGCUCACGGCCUGGACGUGGGCGCAGUGGGCGGAGCGCCUGCGCCGCAACUUCGAGCGCCACUUCUGGGUGCCCGCCGCGCCCUCGGCGGCCGACGCGCGCCCCGACCUGGUGCACCGCCGCGCCAUCUACAAGGACUCGCACGGCGCCGCGCGGCCCUGGGCCGACUACCAGCUGCGCUGCAACUUCGCCGUGGCCAUGGCCGUGGCGCCCGACCUGUUCGACGCGCAGCACGCGUGGGCGGCGUUGGACUCCGUGCGGCGCCUGCUGCGGGGCCCGCUGGGGCUCAAGACGCUGGACCCGGCCGACUGGGCCUACCGCCCGAACUACGACAACGCCGACGACUCGGCCGACCCCGCCGUGGCGCACGGCUUCAACUACCACCAGGGGCCCGAGUGGGUGUGGCCGCUCACCUUCUACCUGCGCGCGCGCCUCGCGCUCGCGCCCGCCGCCGAGCGCGCCGCCGCCGCGGCCGACGCGCUGGCGGCGCUGGGCCCGCUGCUGGCCGAGCUGCGCGCCUCGCCCUGGCGCGGCCUGCCCGAGCUGACCGACGCGGCCGGCGCGCGCUGCCCCGGCUCCUGCCGCUCGCAGGCCUGGAGCUCGGCCGGCGCGCUCGAGCUGCUGCGCGACCUGGCCGACGCCCGCCGCGCGCGCGCGCUGCCCGACUGA